AGAUCAGAUCUUGAAAUGGAAUGGUUGGGGAUAUGCGGAUUCAUAUUUCGAAGCUAUAAAUCCACAAGAACUCGCUUUCACGGGCGAUAGAGAUCAUAUCUUGAAAUGGAAUGGUUGGGGAUAUGCGGAUUCAUAUUUCGAAGCCAUAAAUCCACAAGAACUCGCUUUCACGGGCGAUAGGUACGAAAUUUCGGGCCGACGUUUACCGUUUCUCAAACAGUAUAUGUGCGAAACUCUUGGAAUUGAUGUGGAUUAUCGUACACCAAGUGUACUCUACGAAGAGGUAUCAGUACCGACAUCCGUUGAUAAUCAACAGUUCAUUGAUUUUCUACUGGAAAAAGGAAUUUCUUUCUCAAACAAAUCAAAAUACCGACUGGCUCGUUCGCAUGGACAUACAGGUAGAGAAUUUCAACAAGAAAAAAUUAGGCAAAAAACGUCUGACCAUAUAUUCGCACUUAUUUCUUCCCAUGUUUCUUCCAAUUUUUAUGCGUUUUUUGCAGCAAUGCAAUGCGAAAAACGCAUAUUGACGAGAGGUUGUCUGUGUGUUCGUGUGUCUGUGUGCCUGUGUGUGCGUCUGUCACGCACUUUCAUCUCCGGACCUAUAAAAGCUGCGAUGUGUCUGUGUGUGCGCUGGGCCUCUGUAUCGGUUUUUCAUCUCGAGACCGGCAAAAGCUACGGAGCUGAAACUUUGGGGACUUGUGCGUGUGUGUGUGCGCUGCGCGUCUGUACCGAUUUUUAUGCGUUUUGUGCUGUGUAA